AUUUAAAGUGCUAAAAGAAAGAAAUGGAGCCAAUUUAUACAGUAUCUCAAAACAUAGAGCAGAUAAACCUCCUCUGAGACCUACUCACGACUUGUUUCUCUGACUCAAAAAUCGAACUGAGUGGCAUUAAUGUCAUUAUGGAUGAAAAUACUAUUAACUACUGGGAAAAGUUAGUGACCACCCUGAAUAAAUGUAUCUUAGCCGAGGAAGUCUACACUAAAAUCGAUGUUCCCAAAUUAGCCCAAUUCGCUCAAAUCUUGGCCCAGAAAGCGAAACAGCUCCAAUCCUGGACUUUUGAGCACAAAUGUGGGGCUAUAAAAAUCGAGCUUGAUGAUCAAGAAGCUGAUGAAUCCAAGACUACGGAUCUGAAGAAAAAGAUCAAUGAGUUUUCUAAGAAGAAUUUCUCCUUUAUUCCAAUGGUUUCAGUGCUCAGAAGGCUGCUUAAGAAAAUUAACAAAGAUACCGAAAAGAAGCAAAUGGAGAUCUUAGAAGAAAAAUUAGCAAAUACUGAAUCCGAAGCUAAUUUUCAGUCACAAGAGAUGGCAAAAGAAGAUUCAUCCCAAAAUUUGAGAAAGAAACCUGAAAGCAAAGGCGUGUCUGUGAUGUUGUGAGAUUGUAAUGGAACUAUACAUGCUUUUAAUAAAGUAACUCCAAAAAUGUUUCACGUAUCUGGAGAACUCCUGAAGGGUAAGAACUUCUUCAAAUUGAUGUCAGCGUAUUCCCGAAGAUUCUGUUACGAGACAUAUGGAAAUUCGAUUUUUAAGACCUUUAAGCAGUCCUCGAAGAGCCUGAGGUAUAGCCUUCCUCAUAUGGAUGAUGUCGACUCAGAAAAUUUCUUUGUCCUUACUUCUAAAUUUACCCUGGUGAACCCCAAAAAGGGUAGCAAAAUGAAAUCAAAUCAAUUUAUGAUCAGAGUUUGUUCCAGACCAUCUUCCAAAGAGAGCACUGAGAAAAUGUAUAGAUCUUACACCCAGGCGAGAAAAGAAAUCAGAGAAGAAGAUGCCAUGAAUGCCCAUUUCCUCGAUGGUUCGCCUGCCUUUAAUGCACCAUCAAUGCAAUUACAUUCAGGAAUAUUACCUCAGAAUCAUUUUUAAGAUUAAUUUGCUAAAAUCUUC